AGCGAAUAUGGCCGACAUGGAAGGUAGUUGAAAAUGGAAUUAUCGAUGAAGCAUAUAAGUAACAUAGAUAGCUUUGAAAACGUUCAAGCUUUAGUAAAACAAGAUUUAAGAGAACUUGGAAUCAAGGUUCCCAAAGGAAAGAAGCUAAAGCGUCAGGGUUGUUUGAAGAACCAGGGAGAUGGCCCUGGGGACAUCUUCGGGAAUUACCUGUCCAUGGUGCCAUGUGUGUACAUUGCAGAUUGUGGAUAUGUCCCAAAGUUUUUAGUGGAUGCAGCAUCAUUGAUUCAUGAACACAUUGAACAGGAAGGACUGUUUCGAAAAUCAGGGUCCGUCAGUCGACAGAAGCAAUUAAAGCAAUAUAUUGAGAAUGGAAAGGGAAUGCAAGAUGCCAAUGUGUAUGAUGUCACAGGUUUGAUCAAGCAGUUCUUUCGGAAGUUACCAGAGCCUCUGUUGACCAGUGUUUAUCAUGAUUCUUUUAUCAAAUGCUACAACAUUGACCAAUCAGAUGUUUCAACACAAGCCUUAUUGUCUCUGUGCCUUCUCCUUCCUGGGGAACAUCUCAGCACACUGCGCUACUUUAUGCUACUGUUGUCGGAUGUUGCAAGUUAUGCAGAACAAAACAAAAUGGACGCAACUAACUUGUCAGUUGUUUUGGCCCCCAACAUCAUGCAUCUGAACAGCAAGACUGAGAAAAUGAACUCAUCAGAGGAGAAGUUGCUGCAGGUCCAGACAACUAUUGUGGAGAUCUUGAUCAAAAGUGCUGCACUGAUAGGCAUGGUGUCCAACGAGGUGUUUGAGAAAGCUUCUCUCAUCACAGAAAUAUUCGGUACAGACGAUGAGCUGGAUGCUAGUUGUGAGACACUUGAAGAGUCCAGGGAUCAUCUCAAGAAGAAGGAUAAACGAAGGAAAAGAUCAGGGUCAUUUCAAGGUGUUAUCAGUACCAUAGCUAAGAGUGUGACUAAGUGGAGAAGGAGUACCGAUGGAAAGUCUAAUACAAGUCAAGCCAGCAACAUGAGCACUGUCAGCCAGUAUAGCAACAAGAGUCAGAUCAGCACAAAGGCAAACUCCAGCAACAUACAACCCACGCAAACAGAUUUCACAGCAGCAACCCCAGUGGUCAUCCGCAAAAGAAAAGCAUCUGGAGAAAUGCCAUUCUCAGCCUCUAAAAAGAAAGCCAUUUUAAAAAAUCUGCCGAAUCAAGCAACACUGGCAAACACUCCAUACACACCGGCAUCUACCAUGAAGAAGUUGGAUAUUAAUGAACUGAAGAAGGCAGGUACAUUAAACACUCCAAGUAUAGCGUUCAGUAACAAGAACAAACUGGCCUUCAGUGCUACUCCAUGUCAGAACAAAAAUGCCAGGAAAAGACUUGGCUUAUUUAGCCCUGCAAGCUCUAGAAAGGGAAGAAAAUUAUCAAGCUCCAGUAUAUCAGUUCCAAAUGCAACCAAAAAGAGAGGAAUUUUCAGAAGAUUCAGUGGUGGCAAGGGAGACAGUCAGCCUGCUUCAUCUGAUAUGUCAGAAAGCAUUGGUCAGCGUCUAGCCGGGGAGGAUGAGGAUUCCAAUGAUGGAGACCGUUACAGCACAUCAAGCGCUGGGCUAGAUGUCUCCAUCGCAUCAAACAUCGACCAAUCAAACAUCUCCACCUUUGCUCCCGAGCAGUCCAUUCUUUCAGUCUGUGAUGAUAGGAAUUCGUUGAACGAUGGUUUUAUUUGUCAGGAGGAUGAUGACAUGUCCCAGGCAGACACCACCACCUUGUCAUCUGUGUGUUCAGAUGGCGCCAUCAAUUUGACCCGGUCCUCUAGUUGUGGGGAACCAGUUCGAUCCUGUGUGUCCGAUUCCUCUGUGAACUGCUCAGGUCUUGGAUCGGAGUCGGGUGCAGACAGGUCUCAUUCGUUCAAUGGAAGUCUGAAUGUAAGUAAAAGAACAAAGAUCUUGAGAAGAGGACGCCCCAAUUCACUGAAAGCUGGACUUUUGAGUGGAGAGCCAAGAAAGGUUCAGAAUCUGCGGCGAAGUUUUGGAUUGGAUAAAUCUGAAAUUAGUGGCCCUAUUCCUUUGUAUGUUCCAGAUGUUGAGGACAUGGAAACAUUGAGCUCAAAUAAAUCUAUCGAAAAGGAAGAAGCUAUCUCUAUUCAGGAACCUAUGAAAGAUGUUAAAGCAUGUGAGUUGUUCUUUAUAAAAAGUCAGAGCAGCAAAGAUCUCUCAGCAAGUAGUGAAACACAAGCAUCUGCUGAUGACAAAUCAGGUGAGACUGAAAAAUCCGUAGAAACAGAAGUUCCAAAAAUACAGACUUGUGAUAGCACAGACAGUCUACUGAGUGGACAACGGUCUCCCAAAGUCUCGCCAGAAUCCAAGAAGAAAGCAAUGCAGAGGUCCCUAUCUACAGACAGUGGGAAGGGUUCAAUGUUUGAUGAGUCCGGAGUGAUGGAUGAAAACUCCAGUCAAGACACGGAGCAGUUUCUGGAUGGCAAUUUAGGAAUGGAUAUUAUUGAAGGAAUCCUUAGUGCUGGAGCUCCCUCAGAUGCAAUAGAUAAAAAAUAUGAGAGCGAGAUCCGAAAGUCCUUGUCCUCUACAAAUCUAAUGAAGAUGGAAAAAUCAAGAUCAAGUCUUAGCAGAUCACACAGUGUGUACAAUGCAGCCUCUAAAAGGCAUCCAAACAUAACCCCAAAUCUACAAAUCUCAAAUGAGACUCACAGUCUGCUAUCAAGAGCUGGUUACUUGUCAAUGAAAGGAAUGAAGAAGACUUCUGAUGAUGACUUCCAAGUCAUGGGACCACCGCCGCCAAGGAUAAAGCAAGCUGAAUUUCAUAAACCUAAAAGAGAAAGCAUUUUGGAACUGAAAGUAAAGCAUGCAGGAAGGGUGGCAGCAAGUAUUAAACAGUUUGAGACAGGAAGCACUACUCCUGUGGUAGAAAAGGUAGCAAAUGCUGAUAUUGUGGAGAGACAUAACUCACCACUGCGAUUUCCCAAUUGUGUGUCGAGAAAAGCAGGAGCUUCACCUCUUAAAAUACCAGCGAUGCUUACCAGAAAGGAAUCUCUUGCCAACAAGAAAAGUGAUUGUCAUCCAAGCAAGAUUUUCAGUAAGGGUCAGGCUAAAUUACCAAUAUCCACUCAUCUGCUCAAACCAACAGAACAAGCAGCUGUUACAAAUGAAGAUGAAUUAAAUACUGAAACAAAACCAAGAAAGCCAAGCAGAAGGCCCAGUAUUUAUUAUGCUAAAGAUACUGAUGCACCCAAAAGAGACCAGAAUAAAAUCCAUGACACAACCAUAGAUGACAGUGUUUUUGAAGCAGCAGUAGCUACCCCAUUGCCAGAAGAGCCAAUGGAGACCUGUGAAAAUGGUGAUCCAGAGUCACUUAAGGAGGUUUCUUCAGCAGAAUGCAAUGAUGAAAACUUGCCAGAUAAAGAAAAUGUGUCUUCAAUGCAACUUGCCAAAAUAGAAGAGUCCAAUGAUUCCAUGUCUGAAACACUAACAGGAACUCCACUAAAAUUAGAGACUGUCCCAGAAAAUACCCCAUGCACAAAACUUCCCAAAAUUCUACAACCCCUGGGAGACAGUGUGAUUCUACGGACUCCUGGAGGAUUGACCCCUAAGCGUGUCCUUCAGAGGUCAAACACGUCCUGUUCACCAAGGUCACCCAUCAAGGCUGUCAAGAGACUAGGCUCAUCGCCAGGGUCACCAGGUCGUCACCUCAACAGACGACACUCAAUGUCCCCCCGACGAGCCCAGCACAAAAUUUCACUCCCAUCCUCAGUCCCUCAGUAUCUCCAGGAUGAGAUGAAUGGGAUGUAAACAGCACAUGUUUAGAACUAGUUUCAUUUUAUGGGUUAUUAACUUUAGACUUGAUAUAAUAAUGAAGUGAUUAUAUCCAUGUUUAUAAAGUAGAUGUGCUUCAUUAAGCAUGAUUGAAAUUACAGAGAAAAAAAAUUGUAUGCAUGAAUUAUAAUGAACUACAAACUACAGGGUAUGUUUGAUCCCCCCUCCCCAUUCCCUAAUAUUUUUAAAGUACAUGUAUUUGUGACAUUGUGCUACUCUUGUUUGUUUUUUCUUUAAUGCAGCUUAAGCUACAUGUGUUGAUGAACCUUAAAUUUUUAUAAAGGAGCUUUGUAAAUAUAUGUUGAUAGACAUCAUGCUCUUUAAUUUUAGAAAAAAUUUAUAUGUAUAGAAAAAUAUUGCCACCAAUAUUGUUUAUUUAUUUCUUUUAAUAUGUCGAUUUUUACUACUUCAAAAUAUGGUUAUGAUAUACAAUUUUCAUGUGUCAGGUAUUUUUCAGAAAUCGCUCAGUUCUCAAGAUUUUUAUGUUUUAAUUAUUUAAACAUUUUACAGUCAAUUUGAAUUUUAUCAGUUUAAAUCUUUAGUAUCAGAGAUAUAACUUGUAUCUACUAGAUUUGUUUUUUUAUUACAUUGAAACAUUGUACACCUUAGAAAAAAUACAGGGUUUUUUCCUUUGUGUAAAUGGUUUGAAAGGUUAUGCAAGUAGACUAGUAUUCCAAGGGUAGAAAAGCAGAGGAACUAUACAUGUGUUUUUCAAUUUUUUACAGCAAUUCAUAGAGAUACCAAUCUUUUAUUUGCGUUCAAGAAAAUUUCGCAAGGUUUGCGAGAGCCGUAUCAUAACAAAUAUUUUUUGCCGUGAACCAGUGAUUCAAUGUCUCUGGUAUAUUAUUGUCCAGAUAAUCUACAUUUUCAUUGUGAAUAAUAGUUGCUGUGAUCCAGUUUAUCUUCAGUAAAUUGCAUAAUAUAGUCUUUGCAGAUAAAAGUUGGUUUACAGUAUACAUGUACAUGAUGGUCAUUAACUGUUAAAUCAGUCAUGUGUAUUUGUUCCUGUUGAAAACUCUUUCUUUUAAUAGAAUAUUUCAGAAACUUAUAGUAACUGUUAAACAGCUACAGAUUUUAAACAUAAUUAUGUCUCAGUUCCUGGCCUCUCCCUUGGGUUACUUAGUCAGUGUGAUGUAAUGAUUUCCUCUCUUCCCUCUACAUUAUUCUUCUGCUUUCUAUAGAUAGCAAGCAGUGCUUUCCCUCUGUCUCCUCUGUCCUCAAAUCUUGUUAUGGAUUGUUUCAAUAUGAUUAAACAGCUUUGCAAAAUAAACCAAUUCAACUACA